AGGACGUCGGUGAGGAAUGGACAGCGGGAGUGAGAGCUCCACUGCUGGGGGCACUGCGCCAAUUGAGGUGGCAAUCGCUUCCAAAGAAUCGGUGACGGAAUAUGUGAAGAAUGCGGGUUUGGCUUUGCUCGGUGCGACAAACCAUGCAGCGCAGCUGGAAACGGUACUCGAAGAUUCGGAAGCGGUUGUGAAGUUUAUUACCGAUCCACAAACUCAUGUACUUGUCGUGGAUAGAACAAUUCAUCGUGAUCAAUCAGGUGAUGCGGAUACGGGUGACGAAAGCGAAACAGCGGUUGUGGUGUUCACAGUUCGUAAUGACGUGCUGUACAGAACAGAUAAAAGCACAUCGAUAGUGUUUAUGAAAAGAGGAGCAAUCGUAGAAGCCGAUAAAUCGAUUCCGGAUCAGCUGAGAGUGAUCGUUUUGAAUGAAGGAAAUCCCUACGAAACAUUGUUCUCACUAAUCGGAAAAGCAGUAACUCCAUACUUCAAAUCAUUCAUCAAAGAAAGUGGACGAGGAGAACGUGAUGGCGACAAACUUGCCCCUACAGUCGAGAAAAACCUCAAUGAGGCUGAGGUUGCUUUGCUACACCUACAACAAAAUAUCGACAUACCAGAGAUUAACUUAGUAAUAAAUCCACAUAUACAAGCUGCUAUACAAAAAGCUAAUAAAGAGGGAAGAAAGGCAAAGGUGGCUGAUUUGGGAGAUUUGGUGGAAGACUCACAGUUUCUUAAUAGUCUGCAGUCCGGAGUAAACAGAUGGAUCAAGGAAAUCAGAAAAGUAACAAAGCUAGAGCGAGACCCAGGAUCUGGCUCGUCGCUACAGGAAAUGACAUUUUGGCUAAAUUUGGAGCGGGCUUUGCAAAAAAUCCUACAAAAAAGAGAAUCCGAAGAGGUUACAUUGACUCUCGAAGCGCUGAAAUGCGGAAAACGUUUCCAUGCUACUGUUUCAUUUGAUACAGAUACCGGACUCAAACAAACCUUAGCUCUCGUUACUGACUACAACUCACUGAUGAAGGAUUUCCCAUUAAAUGAGCUCGUCUCGGCGACCGACUUGGAUUCCAUCAAAGUGGCGCUAGGCAAUGUCUUUGGGCACAUGAAGAAAAUCAGAGCCACGAAGUAUCCUAUUCAACGUGCGCUGAGAUUUAUCGAGGCCAUAUCAAGGGAUAUGAAUGCGCAAAUCUUGAAGGUUUUGGGCACACGUCGACUGAUGCAUAUCUCAAUUGUGGAAUUUGAUCAGCUAAUGAUGCAGUGCAUCCAGCUGUUUACCAAAUGGGACGAUGAAUAUGACAAGUUCAUCACUCUACUUCGAGAUAUUUCAAAGAAAAAGCGAGAUGAACCGGUAAAGUUGAUGUGGAAAGUGCAGCCACUGCACAAAAAGCUCGAAGGACGACUUGUACAGAUCAAGGCGUUCAGGAAACAACAUGAACAGCUUCGCGUUGUCAUUGCACGAGUACUUCGUCCAGCGGGUACUCCAUCUGGUGAGACUCAGCCAGAAACUCAACCUCCACAUACUGGUGAACUUACUCCUGUAGACCAGGUGAACUUGGCAUAUGAGUUUGUAAAAGAGGUUGACUGCCUCGAUGUAAGCAUUGAAGGCACCACUGCUUGGGAUGCUGCCCAACGCAGAUAUGAGGAGCAGAUCGCAAGAGUGGAGACGGCGAUCACAUCGAGACUCCGAGAUCAGCUAGGUUCUGCUAGAAAUGCAAAUGAGAUGUUCAGCAUCUUCAGUCGUUUCAAUGCUCUAUUCUGCCGUCCACAAAUUCUUGGUGCCGUUCGAGAGUACCAAACUCAACUGAUUCAAAGAGUAAAGGAGGAUAUUGAGAGGUUACAGGCCAAGUUCACAAAGCAGUAUGCGGAUAAUCGCGGUGAAAUUCUGACACAAACCUUUGAUAUCCCUCCGCUUUCUGCAAAUAUCAUUUGGAUUCGCCAAAUUGAGCGACAGCUGCAGUUGUACAUGCAAAGAGUAGCUUCUGUACUAGGUACUGGAUGGGAGAAUCAUGUUGAAGCACGCCAACUGAAAACUGAAGCCGAUAAUUUCCGCAAAGUGCUUGAUACCCAAGGAUUGUUCGAAAAUUGGGUGGAGCAGAUCUUAGCCAAAGGCACGAACACACCGGGAAGAGUUUUUGUCAUUGAUCGACGCUCCAAAGAUGGCAAACCAUUCCUGCACCUCAAGGUCAACUUUAGCCCUGAAAGCAUUGUACUUCAUAAGGAGGUUCGUAACCUCAAAAACAUGGGUUUCCGAAUACCCCUAAAAGUUGUAAACGCAGCUCAUCAAGCUAAUCAAAUCUACCCCUAUGCUAUCAGCCUGUUGGAAUCGAUCAGGACUUACGAAUCAAUUAACGAGAGAUUGUCAGCAAAAACUGGCAUUGACACACUUAUUGCUAGCUACAAGAAGGAUAUACAAUCACAAAUUGGGGAAGGGUAUCAGCUCACAUGGGAGUCUUACAAAAUUGACCCUUAUGUAACAAAACUUGCGGAUACCGUUAAUAAUUACCAGGAACGCGUUGAAGAGCUGAUUCUUAUCGCAGACAGCAUUGAAGUUGAUCUAGCUGCUCUAGACACUUGUCAAUACAAUACUGAAACGAUUGGCGCCCAACUGGCUUCGAUUCAGAAGUCUGUAGAUCAGUUGGCGCUGGGUAACUAUUCAAACCUAACCCAGUGGGUGGAUAAACUGGACAAGAAGAUUGAGGCUAAGCUCGCUGCAAGGGUAGAAGAAGCUAUCAGGCUUUGGACGUUGGUCUUCUCUGCCAGUGAAGAAGUGGACGAGUACAAAGAAAGCAAUGUAGCUUUACCUCCAGUGCAUCCAGUACUGAUUGAGAUCCGUUUGACAGCUCAGACAAUCUAUAUAAGUCCUUCGAUAGAGCAAGCAAGGGCCAAGCUGAUAGAGCAGCUCGUUCAGUGGCAUGCUGUGGUGACGAGUCAACCUAGAAUUAGCAGCACUAGGUUCCAGCUGGCCAUGAAUCGCGAUCUAAAUGUAGCCACGUACAAGAACGUCCUGAGCCACCUUCCUAAUGGUCUGGGUGUUCUGGAAAAUGCUUACAUCACAGUAGAUCGCAUUUUGAGAGAAGUGGAUGAAUAUGUAAGCGAAUGGCUGAGAUAUCAAGCGCUGUGGGAUCUGCAAGCUGAAAUGCUGUACGAGAAACUUGGCACGGAUCUAUCGAAAUGGAUGAAGACAUUGGUAGAGAUACGAAAGAGCCGAAGCACUUUUGACACUCAGGAUACGAAGAAGGAAAUAUUCCCUGUAGUUGUUGACUAUGCUAAAGUGCAGCUCAAAGUAACCCUGAAGUACGACUACUGGCACAAGGAGGUCCUGCAGAAGUUUGGUACAGCUGUUGGAAAUGAAAUGCAGCAAUUCUUCGGCAAUAUCUCCAAGUGGCGUGAAGAGCUCGAAUCGCAAGGAGUGGAUUCUGGAACGACAAGCGAUGCGGUGGCGUUGAUUACAUAUGUACAGACUCUGAAGAAACAAACCAAAGUCGGGCAAGAGACGGUAGAUCAGUUCCGAGCAGCCCAGCGUCUUCUGUCGCAACAGCGUUAUCAAUUCCCAGCUCAAUGGAUGUAUGCUGAGAAUGUUGAAGGAGAAUGGUCUGCACUGACGGAGAUAUUGCUGCGAAAGGACUCGGCUAUACAGUCACAGGUCAACAACCUACAAACAAAGAUCCGCGAAGAAAAUGAGAUGGUUGAGAAACGCACCCAAGAGACCCUGUCUGAAUGGGAGAGAGCUAAACCCGUGGAAGGAGCCCAAAGACCAAAUGAAGCACUUGCCGCGCUUACCACCUUUGAGCAGAAAAUGGCUAAGCUGUCUGAAGACCGUGAAAAAAUGCGCAGAGCCCGUCAUGCUCUCGAUAUGGCUGAUCCGACUGGUGUACCUGUUGAUGCUGACAAACUUGCCGUUGCUGCUGAGGAACUGGCAGAUCUGAAGGGUGUCUGGCAAGCUUUGACACCGAUUUAUACAUCCGUUGAUGAGAUGAAGGAGAAGACAUGGUUGUCGGUACAGCCGCGAAAGCUGCGACAAUCGCUGGAUGAGCUGAUGAAUCAGCUGAAGCAUCUACCCGUGAAGUACAAGAGCUACAAGAGUUAUGAGUAUGCAAAGCAGAUGAUGCACAAUUACUCGAAGAUGAACAUGCUUGUGAUGGAACUGAAAUCUGAAGCACUGAAAGAGCGGCAUUGGCGUCAGAUGAUGAAGGAACUGCGAGUCAACUGGAACUUGUCUGAGCUGACACUUGGCCAGGUCUGGGAUGCUGACCUCCAACGCCAUGAGCAUGCUAUCAAGCAAAUCCUUCUGGUUGCUCAAGGAGAGCUUGCAUUGGAAGAGUUCUUAAAACAGAUGAAAGAUUUCUGGCAAGCCUACGAAGUGGAGCUUGUCAACUAUCAAAAUAAGACCAGAUUGAUUAAAGGAUGGGAUGAACUGUUCAAUAAACUCAAGGAACACCAAAAUUCGUUGGCAGCCAUGAAACUGUCGCCGUACUACAAGCAGUUCGAAGAGAAUGCUUUGUCAUGGGAAGAGAAGUUAAACCGUAUCAGUGCAAUGUUCGAUGUAUGGAUUGAUGUACAACGACGUUGGGUGUAUCUGGAAGGGCUUUUCUCUGGAUCUGCUGAUAUCGCAACACUGUUGCCAAUAGAAAGUGCGAGAUUUUCAAGCAUUUCUACGGAAUUCCUCGCCCUCAUGAAGAAAGUCACUCAGUCACCGCGUAUCCUGGACGUGGUAGGAAUGCAAGGAGCCCAGAGGCUCCUAGACAGACUCGCAGACAUGCUGUCAAAGAUCCAGAAAGCUCUUGGAGAAUACCUCGAAAGGGAGAGGGCAUCGUUCCCGAGGUUCUACUUUGUGGGAGAUGAAGAUCUGCUUGAGAUCAUGGGUAACAGCAAGGAUGUUGCAAGGCUACAGAAACAUCUGAAGAAGAUGUUUGCUGGAGUAACUGCCAUAGAUGUUGGAGAAGAAGAUCGCAUAAUUACCGCCUUACACAGUCGAGAAGGUGAACGUGUAGACCUUGUACAACCGGUGCAUACCAAGGACAUAAGAAUAAACGACUGGCUAAAGGCGCUGGAAGCAGAGAUGAAGCACACUCUAGCGAGAUUGUUGGGUAUGUCAUUACAACACUUCUCAAAGAUGGAUAUCGAUACAGUAACUCCGGACGAGUACAUGGAAUGGUUGGAUAAGUUCCCGGCACAAGUGAUUGCUCUCACGGCUGAGAUUUGGUGGAGUAAUCAAAUGGAAAUUGCGCUAUCCGAUGGUAAGGGUGUAGAGGGAGUUGAAAAAGCUGUUUCUGCUACGCUGUCCUUACUGGCUGACUCGGUCUUGAAAGACCAACCACCAAUCAGAAGAAAAAAGAUCGAAGCCUUGAUCACUGAGUUUGUACACAAACGUGAUACUUGCCGUAAACUAAUAUCGUCCGAAGUAAAGAGCCCAUCAGAUUUUGGCUGGCUACAAUGUAUGAGAUUCUACUUCGAUCCGAAACAGCCGGAUGCAGUGCGUUGUUGCAUAGUGAAAAUAGCAAAUGCACAGUUCUACUAUGGAUUUGAGUAUCUGGGCAUACAAGAGCGCUUAGUUAGGACCCCGCUGACAGACAGAUGUUACCUGACAAUGACACAAGCAUUGCAUUCGAGGUUGGGAGGUUCGCCAUUUGGUCCUGCUGGUACUGGUAAGACCGAAUCAGUGAAAGCCCUGGGUAACCAGCUGGGAAGAUUCGUACUGGUAUUUAACUGUGACGAAACCUUUGAUUUCCAGGCCAUGGGUCGUAUCUUGGUAGGCUUGUGCCAAGUCGGUGCUUGGGGAUGCUUCGAUGAGUUCAACCGUCUGGAGGAACGUAUGCUGUCAGCUGUCUCACAGCAGAUUCAGACUAUCCAGGAAGCUGUGCGAGCAGGUGGCGAGAUGACGGUGGAUCUAGUUGGAAAACGCUUGAAUGUGAAUCCCAACAUUGGUAUCUUCAUCACCAUGAAUCCUGGAUAUUCUGGAAGAUCCAACCUACCUGAUAACUUGAAGCAGUUGUUCCGAAGCUUGGCUAUGACGCAACCUGACAGACAACUGAUCGCGCAAGUUAUGCUCUUCUCACAAGGUUUCCGAACUGCAGAGACACUCGCCAACAAGAUCGUUCCUCUCUUCAUUUUGUGCAAGGAACAAUUAUCGGCACAAUGCCAUUACGAUUUUGGAUUGCGUGCCCUAAAAUACGUGCUAGUCUCGGCAGGAAACGUAAAACGUGAUAAGCUAGCGAAAGUUGGAGCUGCUGCAUUGGAAGAUGUUGCUGAACAACAGAUGCUCAUUCAAUCUGUCUGUGAAACCCUGGUGCCAAAAUUGGUCAGUGAAGAUAUUGCGCUAUUGUUUUCACUAUUGUCUGAUGUGUUCCCAUCUAUUCACUACACACCGAACCAGAUGCUAGAACUGCGUCAGCACAUUGCUCAAGUUUGCGACGAGAAUAUGCUUUGCCAUGCGGACACUAGCGGCGAACUGGGUGCAGCCUGGGUUGAGAAAGUCCUACAACUCUACCAGAUCACUAACCUCAACCAUGGUCUUAUGCUUGUUGGUGCCAGUGGAAGCGGAAAGACCAUGGCUUGGAAAGUGCUGCUAAAAGCUCUUGAACGACAUGAGAAGAUUGAAGGAGUCGCGCAUGUGAUCGACGCUAAAGCGAUGAGUAAAGAUGCCUUAUAUGGUGUGCUUGAUCCGAAUACCAGAGAAUGGACAGACGGGUUGUUCACCUCGGUCAUCAGGAAGAUUAUUGAUAAUGUCCGUGGCGAGAGUGAAAAGCGGCAAUGGAUCAUUUUCGAUGGUGAUGUUGACCCAGAAUGGGUAGAAAAUCUGAACUCAGUGCUUGACGACAACAAGCUGCUUACCCUGCCGAACGGAGAGCGUCUAGCCAUCCCACCAAAUGUCCGUAUCAUCUUCGAAGUUGCCGACCUGAAAUACGCCACCCUGGCUACCGUAUCACGUUGUGGUAUGGUCUGGUUUAGUGAGGAAGUCGUGACAACUGAAAUGAUGUUUGAACAAUACCUGAACCGCUUGCGCAACGUUUCCAUUGAAAGUGAUGCGGUAAUCGCGGAAGAUGCUGCACCGACACGUUCAGUGACACUCCAGCGCCAAGCUGCAGCGGCACUUCAGUCACACUUCUCACCAGAUGGUCUUGUCCCACUUGCCCUCAACUAUGCACUAAACAAUCUCGACCACGUCAUGGUCCCCACUCAGCAACGUCUGUUAUCUUCAUUCUUUGCCAUGAUGAACUACUCAGUGCGCUGCGUGAUCAACCAUGACGCUAACCAGGGCGAUUUCCCACUUGGACCAGACCAAGUUGAGACAUAUGUGACGAGAUCGAUGCUGACCAACAUGAUCUGGGCAUUCAGCGGUGAUGGAAAAUGGAAAUGCCGUCAGCAAAUGAGCGAUUUUAUCAGGAAUUCGACAACGCUUACCUUACCACCGAAUGAACAGGCGCCUCUCAUUGACUACGAUGUGCAGUUGAGCGGUGAGUGGCAACCAUGGUUAAGUCGUGUGCCAGUUAUGGAAAUCGAAGCUCACCGUGUCGCUGCUGCUGAUCUCGUUGUGCCAACCGUUGAUACAGUACGCCAUGAAAUGCUGCUGUCGGCUUGGUUAUCUGAACACAAACCAUUGGUAUUGUGUGGUCCUCCAGGUUCUGGAAAGACCAUGACCCUGUUAGCUGCCCUACGAUCUCAACAAGAUAUGGAUGUAGUAAACGUGAACUUUUCAUCAUCUACUACGCCAGAAUUGCUGAUGAAGACCUUUGACCAUUAUUGUGAAUACCGUCGCACACCAAAUGGCAUCGUUUUGGCACCAGUCCAGCUGAGCAGAUGGCUGGUUAUCUUCUGUGAUGAAAUCAACUUGCCGUCACCGGAUAAGUACGGCACACAGAGAGUGAUCAGCUUCUUGAGGCAGUUGGUUGAAAUGAACGGCUUCUAUCGUGGCUCCGACCAUUCUUGGGUCACUUUGGAACGCAUUCAGUUCGUUGGAGCUUGUAACCCACCUACAGAUCCUGGUCGACAUCCCAUGACCCUGCGAUUCUUGAGACAUGUUCCUGUCGUGUAUGUUGAUUACCCAGGGCAAACUUCAUUGAUCCAGAUUUACGGAACCUUCAACAGAGCUAUGCUCAAAACCGUGCCCGCCGUUCGUGGGCUUGCUGACCCGCUCACCAAUGCCAUGGUUGAUGUCUACCUGGCCAGUCAAGAGCAUUUCACCCAAGAUGACCAGCCUCACUACGUGUACUCACCUCGUGAACUUACGAGAUGGGUCCGUGGUAUUUCCGAAGCGAUUGCUCCGUUGGAUGGAAUCACUGCAGAGCAACUUGUGCGACUAUGGGCUCAUGAAGCUUUGCGGUUGUUCCAAGAUCGUUUGGUUACUGAGGAAGAGCGCAUAUGGACCGAUGAACUUGUGGACACGACUGCGGAGAAAUACUUUGGUGGAGCAUGCAGUGUCAAGGAAGCCGUACGUCGUCCACUUCUAUACUCUUGCUGGCUCUCGAAGAACUACGUACCAGUCACAAGGGACGAGCUCAAGGAUUACGUUACUGCCAGACUCAAGGGCUUCUACGAAGAAGAACUUGAUGUGCAGCUUGUACUAUUUGAUCAAAUGCUGGAUCAUGUCCUCCGCAUUGACAGGAUCUAUCGCCAGCCACAAGGCCAUUUGCUUCUUAUUGGUACUGCUGGAGCCGGGAAGACCACAUUGUCGAGAUUUGUUGCAUGGUUGAAUGGUUUGAGCGUCUUCCAGCUCAAAGUCCACUCCAAAUACACUGCCGCUGACUUCGAUGAGGAUAUGCGCACAGUGUUGAGAAGAGCCGGCUGUCGGAAUGAAAAAAUGUGCUUCAUCAUGGAUGAAUCGAAUAUGUUGGAUACUGGAUUCUUGGAGAGACUGAAUACUUUGCUGGCCAACGGAGAGGUUCCUGGUCUAUUCGAAGGUGAUGAACAUACCACACUGAUGACGCAGAUCAAAGAAGGUGCUCAGAGGCAGGGAUUGAUGUUGGAUAGUCACGAUGAGCUCUACAAGUGGUUCACGCUGCAGGUCAUGAGGAACUUGCACGUUGUCUUUACCAUGAAUCCAUCCGGAAGUGGCCUCAGGGAACGUGCCUCUACUUCUCCUGCCUUGUUCAAUCGUUGUGUGCUGAACUGGUUUGGAGAUUGGGCAGAUACUUCUCUUUACCAGGUUGGAUCCGAACUCACAAACACCCUGGAUAUGGAUCGUACUGACUAUGAACCACCAUUCUCUCUGCCAGUCGUUUGUGAUCUCAUCCCAACUCCUCCAACUUAUCGUCAUGCUGUCAUCAAUACUCUUGUCCAUGUGCACAAGACUGUGCAAAAACUGAACGAACAGGAGCAGAAGCGUGGACAUAGAGUGAUGCUGGUGACACCGCGACACUUCCUUGACCUGAUCAAACACUUCAUGAGCUUGUUCCAUGAGAAACGACGUGAUCUUGAGGAGGAGAAGGUCCAUCUUAACAUUGGUUUGAAUAAGAUCCGUGAGACUGAAGAACAAGUGAAAGAACUGCAGAAGAGUCUCACAUUGAAGAGCAAAGAGUUGGAGGAGAAGAAAACUGCUGCUAACCUGAAAUUGAAGGAAAUGUUAGCAGACCAGCAGAAGGCAGAAGAUGAGAAACGACUAUCUGAACAGCUACAGAAGGAACUGGCUGAACAACUCAAGCAGAUCGCAGCGAAGAAGACGGAAGUGCAGAAGGAUUUGAGCCAGGUCGAGCCAGCCGUAGAGGAGGCUCAGCAGGCUGUCAAGGGAAUCAGAAAGAACCAGCUGGUAGAAGUCAGGUCCAUGGCCAGCCCGCCAGUGAUGGUCAAACUUGCUCUGGAAGCCAUUUGUAUCUUGUUGGGAGAAAAUGUUGGCACAGACUGGAAGGCAAUCCGUGGUGUUAUGGUCAAGGACGAUUUUAUGCCGCGUAUCCUUGCUUUUGAUACCGAUAGCAUCACCACGGAUAUUUUGAAGCAGAUGGAUAAAUAUGUUCACAAUCCCGAUUGGGACUUCGACAAAGUCAACCGUGCAUCGCAGGCUUGCGGUCCCAUGGUGAAAUGGGCCAAGGCUCAACUUCUCUAUUCUGGAAUGCUGCACAAAGUUGAACCACUCAGGAAUGAACUGAAGAGGCUGGAGUCUGACGCCAAGAAGAAGACCACGGAAGGAAAUGAAGUGAAGGCAAGAAUUGCUCAGUUGGAGCAAUCCAUCGCUGCAUACAAGGAAGAAUAUGCGCAACUCAUUGGCCAAGCUGAAAGCAUAAAGAUGGACUUGGCAACUGUCCAGGAGAAAGUUGGUCGAUCAACCGAACUCUUGUCAUCACUCCGAUCUGAACGUGAUCGUUGGUCUGGUGGAUGCGAUGGAUUUGCGCAGCAGAUGGAUACCCUUGUGGGAGAUGCUCUGUUAUCUGGAGCGUUCCUGGCUUAUGCUGGUUACUUUGAUCAGCAGCUUCGUGAUGUUCUGUUCCAUCGCUGGAUCGACCAUGUCCAGGGUGCGGGCGUGAAAUUCCGACCAGAUUUGGCUAGGAUCGAGUAUUUGUCCACUGUCGAUGAGCGGCUACAAUGGCAGAAGAACGCAUUGCCGGUUGACGAUCUUUGUAGUGAAAAUGCUAUCAUGCUCCAUCGCUUUAACCGUUAUCCUCUGAUCAUUGACCCAUCUGGACAGGCUGCUGAAUACAUUAUGAAGCAGUUUGCUGGCAGAAAUAUACAGAAAACGAGCUUUUUGGACGAUUCGUUCAGGAAGAACCUUGAAUCUGCACUUCGAUUUGGAAAUUCCCUUCUUGUCCAAGAUGUCGAGAGCUACGAUCCUAUUCUCAAUCCUGUACUGAACAGAGAAGUCAAACGCACUGGAGGUCGUGUUCUCAUAACCAUUGGAGACCAAGACAUUGACUUGUCACCAGCAUUCCAAAUCUUCCUCAUUACCAGAGAUGCUUCAGUGGAAUUCACGCCUGAUGUAUGUUCUCGUGUGACAUUCGUCAACUUCACGGUUACUUCUUCAAGUCUUGCUAGUCAGUGUCUCAACCAAGUGCUCAGAAGUGAGAGGCCUGAUGUGGACAAGAAGAGGAGUGACUUACUGAAAUUGCAAGGUGAAUUUGCUGUACGCUUGAGGCAACUUGAGAAAGCCCUUCUGGCAGCGUUGAAUGAAAGCAAAGGAAAGAUUCUGGAUGAUAAUUCGGUUAUCGGAACGCUUGAGAAGCUGAAGAAUGAAGCGUCUGAGGUUGCGAAGAAGGCAGCGGAGACGGAUAAGGUUAUGGCUGAAGUGGAGACAGUAUCGGGACAAUAUCAACGAUUAGCGGCUGCUUGCUCACAGAUCUACCACACAUUACAGCAAUUGAACGAAGUGCACUUCUUGUAUCAAUAUUCGCUUGAUUUCCUAUUGGAUAUCUUCACAUGUGUGCUGAAAUCACCAGAGCUUGCACAGACCCAGGAUCACAUGCAGAGGCUCAAUAUCAUCACUGCCAAUCUGUUCCAAACAGUCUAUCGUCGUGUUUCGCGCGGAAUGCUUCAUGCAGAUAAAGUUCUGCUUGCCCUGCUUCUGAUGAGGAUUUCACUGAGAUCCGUUGGCGGAGAGCCUUCGUACGAUGCCCAGUGGGAUCUACUCCUUGGCCGAAGUGAGCUGUUCGCUUCGAAGAGCGCCCACCAAUCUCCACCCACAGCUCUGCCGUUCCUUACUUCGCAUCAUAUGGCUGCCUUGAUGAAAGCGCAAAAAUUACCUGGUUUCGAGAAAAUCCUGGACAUUAUGUGUGCUAAUCCUGAGCAGAUUAAGCAAUGGAUGAUGAUGGAUAAUCCGGAAGCUGCUGUGCCAGUGUUGUGGGAGGAUCCUGAACAGAAAUUGACCACUAUAGGAACAGCUAUGAAUCAGCUAAUUGUUGUGCAUUGCUUGAGAUCUGAUCGUUUGAUGGCAAGUGCUCACAGAUUAGUAGCAGCUGCGUUUGGAGAUGGAUUCAUGCAGCAGGAUAAGGUCAUUGAUCUGAACGAUAUUAUCGAAAAUGAAGUGUCAUCGUCUGAUCCAGUGCUACUCUGUUCAGCCAUCGGUUACGAUGCAUCCGGUAAAAUUGAAGAUCUUGGAGUACAAACGGGUAAACAGGUUACCUCUAUCGCCAUCGGUUCCGCUGAAGGAUUCAGUCAAGCGGAUGCGGCACUCACAGCAGCGUCGAAGUCUGGACGUUGGGUACUGCUCAAGAACGUGCAUCUUGCACCACAAUGGCUUGGAAAUAUGGAGAAACGUUUGCACACUCUUAAACCUCAUGUCAACUUCCGACUGUUCCUCACAGCCGAAAUUCAUCCCAAACUGCCUGCUUCAGUACUGCGAGCGUCUCGUCUUGUGGUGUUUGAACCUGCUACGGGUCUCAAAGCAAAUCUCCUUCGGUCGUUGUCUGCUCUACCAGCACCUCGUCUUGCUAAGGCUCCAGCUGAACGCAGCAGGCUGUACUUGCUGAUUUGCUGGCUGCAUGCUUUGGUACAAGAAAGACUGAGGUAUACGCCUCUCGGAUGGGCGAAUGCGUACGAGUUCUCCGAUGCUGAUCUACGUGUCGCUUGUGACACGCUUGACUCAGCAGUUGAUUCUGUGGCACAAGGACGAGCCAAUGUGGCGCCAGAGAAGUUGCCAUGGACCACUCUAAGAACUUUACUGAGCCAGUGCAUCUAUGGUGGAAAGAUCGAUAAUCAUUUCGAUCAGGUGCUUCUGGACUGCAUGCUGGAGAGAUUGUUCACGGCUAAGAGCUUCGAUCCUGAGCAUGUUCUUGUGAACAAAUUCGACGGAGACAAACCACUAUGUACGCCUGAUGCAACUCAAAGAGAUCAGCUUCUAGCAUGGGUUGAAGGAAUUAAGAGCCAGCAGUUACCAGCUUGGCUCGGUCUACCGAAUAAUGCCGAAAAAGUGCUGUUGACUUUGAGAGGUGAAACUAUGCUGAGGAACCUUCUGAAGGUGUCAGAUGACGAAUUGGCAUUUGCUGGAGACGGUGAAAAAGAAGUGAAACCUCAGUGGAUGGCUCAAUUGGGAGAACUGGCUCAACAAUGGCUGAAGUUGCUGCCCAAGGACAUCACACGAAUGAAGCGUACUGUGGACAACAUCAAGGAUCCCUUGUUCCGAUUCUUCGAACGCGAAAUAAACCUUGGUGCACAAUUGCUUCGCGAUAUCCGUCACGACUUGGAAGAAAUCCUCUCUGUCUGUCGUGCUGAACGCAAACAGAGCAACGAAACACGGGCGCUGGCGUCGGCUUUGCAGAAAGGAGUGGUUCCUAGUAAUUGGCUACGCUACACAGUACCGAAAGAUGUGACAGUAAUGGACUGGAUGCUAGACUUCAAUGAACGGGUGAAACAGCUGAUAAAGAUAGGAAUUAGUGAGAACAUCAAGCGCGAGGAAGUAUGGCUGGGUGGUACAUUCUCACCUGAAGCAUAUGUGACAGCCACAAGGCAGCAAGUGGCCCAAGCUAACACAUGGUCCCUAGAACAACUCCAUCUACAUGUGACCAUAGGAAGAACCGAUCGACUAGAUGUUGUGAGAAUAACAGGAAUGGAAGUACGCGGAGCAGAAAGUAUUGGAGGAAAUGCACUGAAAUUGUCAGAUGAAGUGAAGACAUCCUGCGAUUGUGUUGAAUUUUCAUGGAAGCAGGAAUCUCCGGAAGGCGUUCGCCUACCCUUGUAUCUAUAUGGUGAUCGCCGUCAGCUUGUCACUUCACUGGCAUUCGCAGUAUCACCUGCGACAGCGUUUUAUGAAAGAGGAGUCGCUCUUGUUGCCAACGCAGCUUUGAGUUAAAUCAUAGUCAUUGUUAACGUACCCUAUUGUUAUAACUUUGUAAAGUGCACGAGUUUCGAUCAAAUCUUCACAGAACUGCUUCGUUUGUACUUGGCUUUAUUUAUGUACCAUUCAUAAUUUAUUCGAUUAGUCAUAAUCAAUUCUAUCUGCUAUGAAAUACGGAUGCUUGUAUCGCGGUGUUCAAGUUUGUGGAGCAUGUAAUAAAUCGAGC